AUGAGCUUGACAACGCAACUUGAUCCUUUUAUUUAUUCCAGGUGCACUGAUCCAAUCCGCCCCCUGGGGAUGGAUGGAUGGACGGAUGGACGGAUGGACGGAUGCUAUUGGCUCAUGGCUAACAUCCAACCUCCUCGGAAUUCAGUUUUUUUUUUUCUGUUGCGCUUUUUGGACUUGAAUCCCGUCCUUCCACCUUUGGAUUGGAUGCAGGCAGAGGCGGGGGGAGGCAACAAUCGUCCCAAGCCUGCUUUAAAUGGAGGUGAGCCGGUGCGGUGGAGCCAUCCCGCUCCGAUCUUCUUCCCGUGCGCGUGUCACUGCGUUCUCUCGCUGCUUGCCAUGUCCGAAGGAAGAGCUGACAGCAGCCAGUCGUCCACCCCCGACGGCGGCAGCGCGACGCCCGCCAGAAGCGACCCGAGCGACAACGUCCACUCGGCGGGCAAGUUCAGGGAAAAGGACGACAUGGUGGCACUCAACGAUAAGUUUGUCAGGUUGAUUGAAAAGGUGAAACAGCAGGAGGAUGAAAACCAAAAAUUAGACGCAAAGUUGAAGAUCCUCCGAGAGCAAGAGCCGUACGUGGCUAACAUUUCGAGCAUAGCCAUGCAACUGGAGGAGGCGCUGAAGCAACAGAUUGACCAUUUACUCGGUGACCAGACAAAACUUGAGGACGAGCUCUUUCACAACCAGCAGAUGGCAGAGAACAGCAAGAAGAGAUAUGAGGAGGAGUUGCUGAGGAAAGCAGAACUGGAAAAUGAAUUCAUCAUCACCAAAAAGGAUGCAGAUGAAGGCCAUUUGGAAGCUGUCCAUUUCACUCUGGCGUUGGAAGAUCUGAUAGGACAGCUGGAUUUCCUCAGGAUGGGCUACGAUGAGGAAAUCAAAGAGCUGCAAUCUCAAAUCCAAAACGAGACGGUGGUUAUACGAGGAAAGGCUAAGCGCUCUCUGGACAUGAACGCCAUCGUCGAGGGCGUCAAGGGUCAGUACGCCAACAUCGCUGCUCGUAGCAAAGGGGAAGCGGAGCAUCGGAACCAGAAGAAGAUGGAUGCAAUGGUUUUUGAAGCAGGACAGCGCGAGCAGGAAGUGCGAGAUGUACGCAGGCAGAUCUCAGACACGGCGCGCUUCAUCCAGAGGCUCAAUGGAGACCUGGAUGCUCUCAAAAGAAAGGAAGAGUCUCUGAAGAAGGACGUCGACGACGCAAUCAUGGAAGGAGACCAAAGCUUGGAGGGGGCCCGCAAGGACAUCGGUGAGUUGGAAGAGGCCCUGAGGCGCGCCAAACAAGACGUGGCCGGCCAGAUGCGAGAACACCAAGAGCUGAUGAACCUCAAGCUAGCCAUGGAUAUGGAGAUGGCCACCUAUCGCAAGCUGCUGGAGGGAGAGGAGAUGAGAAUGGAUCAAGUCCUACGCAAUUCAGUCCAGGCAGCCAGCACCCAAUUGGACUGACGAGUGGAGUCAAAUGGUCCUUUGUGACUCAUCACGCGAGCAGCAGUGUCGCGUUACAACAUCGGCUGAAGAUUUCAGGGACUUUGAGGACUUUUUUUUUUUUUAAAUAUGUCAUAUUGAGUUUUGGCUUCAGAUACUGUGUAAGAUUUUAAAAAAAGGUGUUUGGGUACAUUAAUUAAGGCUGUAAAGCAGCACUUGAUUAUGAUUUAUAAGAUCCAUUUUUGGUUUGUCCAAUAUUGUCACGACUCGUCCUCGGUUGUUUUCUUCUGUGUAGGUUGUCGUGGUUUCCGUCUGUGUACUCGCCCCUCCCCUCCUGUUGUCACCUCACAAGCGAUGUCAUCACAGUCACCUGCCGCCGCUCGUUAGCUGUCUCGUAUUUAAGUCCUGCCCGCGUGUCGCUCCACCCCCGGUCGGGUCGUUGAUGUCGUUUCUUUUAGUGCCUGUCUUUGCCAGUUCUGUUUCGGUUAGCCAGUGUGUCGGUCGGCGGGUCGGUUACGUGAUGUCAGUUUGCCGGUUGUGGUAGUUUGUUCCCGGCCGGCCUCAUCCUCCCUUCCAAGCUGCUCCAUUCCGAUCCUGACAACUAUACAGUAGGUCAAACGUGCGAAUUGACGACAUUUGUCUUACCUAAACGAAAUAAAGAAACUGACCUAUCGCUCAGACAUUGUAAAGAGGAUCAAAUACAGUCGAUAAAUGUGGGUACAUGUUGACUGCUUGAAAAAAAGCGCAGUCCAACUUUGUUCUUUGGUUUUAUAAGUGUUCAAAAUAAAUGAGGAAAGCAAAUGUCCCUGACAAAAGC